AUGCAAAAUUACUCCACGAGUAAUUUACCACGAAAAGUUCGUCACUCUUUCAAACUAUAUAGGGUAUCGACAAAAUUCGAUGACAACGAUGACCUUUCACAUAGGUUGUCUGAUGAAAAUAUUGAAAGGGAAUUAAAGAAGAAACGUUUUUUUUUUCAAGGACAUUUAUAUUUUCAUACGAAAGCUUACGGUUCAACAUCAGAUCAAAGGUCACUACCAUCACUAGAUCUAUUAAUACUUAUGAAUGAUUUAUUAUUAGCUUUAGUUGAAAUUGAAAAAAGGAGUGUGGCAAAGGUUUUACUGCAAAUUGUUCUAUUGAAGAGUUUCCUGCAAUAA